AAUAUUUCUCUUAAGUCUCCUGUGAUAGAAACAGAAAGUUGAACAAACGAGUAAAAGCACACACAGUCGAACAGAAAAAACAUGGCUCCUCGAGAUAAGCCUAAUGGAGUUAAAGGUGCCAGCGGUGGAGUUACGGGUAGCGGCAAGGAGGUGCAUUUUAGGGGUGUAAGGAAGAGACCGUGGGGUCGUUAUGCAGCGGAGAUCAGGGAUCCUGGCAAGAAGAGUCGUGUUUGGUUGGGAACCUUCGAUACGGCGGAGGAAGCCGCAAGGGCUUACGACGCUGCCGCCAGAGAGUUUCGGGGCUCUAAGGCCAAGACUAACUUCCCUUUACCUUCCGACAGUAACAACGACAAUAACAUCAAUAGCAAUCAGAGUCCCAGCCAGAGCAGCACCGUUGAGUCUUCCUGCCCGGAGGGCUUUUCUCCGGCACCGAUCGCACCUCCCUCUUCCUUGGACUUAGAUCUGCUAUACCGCGGUGGCGGUGGUGGCGCUGGUGCUGGGUUUGCCAUGAGGUUUCCGAUCCAUCACCAUUCUCUUCCACAUCAACAACAACAGCAGGCUGUUGCCGCUGGAGUAUUGCCGACAGCGCAUUCGCUUUUCUUUUUUGACGCGUUUGUUCGGUCGGAGAACAUGGGCAUGAACCUUCACCGUCUAAGGUUGGACCCAGCUGCUGCUGAUUUCCAGGCUUCUUUUGGUGCUUGCGGUGGUGGUGGGGUCCAGAGCGAUUCCGACUCGUCCUCGGUCGUCGAUUUCAGCCACCACCCACAGAGUUCUCCUAGGAGAUUCGAUUUUGACCUGAAUCUUCCCCCUGCGCCGGAAGUUGUUUGAUACCUCAAUUCGGGCGUCGCCGGUUCAGAUGGGAC